UUCACUGAUAGUCUUUGAUACACAGGCAGUUUGAGAAAAUUCUCCAUGCUAAUCUCCGUUUGCAUGCUGCUCGAGAAAACCUCCGCCAAGCCUUCAAUCCCUACGGUUUCACCAGCCUCAAAAGCUUAUAAAGUCCGCCAUGAUAACCAAGAUAUCUGCUACCUCGACCCCUAUCCCACCUCGGCUGAUUCACUAAACCUCAGAGAAACUGACUCAGCCCCCGAUUUCACUAAUUAUCAUCAGGAAAAGGACCCCCGACUAACCAUACAUAGCAUCAACCAGCAAAAUGGGCGACCCCACCGACACAGCCUACGGAGGCUCCCAGGCCCUUGAGUCCACCAGCCUUUGGUAUGACGCGCUCACCGAUCUCUUCCCCUCCGCGGCAGGCUUCACCGUAGACCUAGAAGCCGGGAUCCUCGCCCCGAUGCGCGAGUCCUACAACUGCAUCACCGUGACGUUCCGUAAGCCCGCGCGCGGAUCCGACGCUGAAGCAGAAGCAGAAGCAGAAGCAGCAGCCGAGAACGCAGCCGGCAGGGACGGCAGCAGCAGCGGCAGCUCCAGCGACAGGGGAACCAUCAUCUUCACCCUCAUCACCGGCGCGCUGCGACGCCCGCGCGCGCACCCAGGCCACCACGUGCUCGUUCUCCGGGAUUUCCUGGCCACACACCACGACCACUACUACCAGCACCACCCGCCCCGGCUGCUGUCGUCGUCGACCGGGCCCAUCGUCGGCGCCGUGGUGCUGCCUCGGCUGCCGGUGACGGUGCAGUUCUACCGGUGGGAUCCGCGCCACGGCGGGUGGGUGUUGCCCGUCGGGGAGGCGCUCGAUGAGGUCGUGGACCGCCAGGGGAUCCUGGGGGUGUUGGCUGGGCUCAAGGGGUUGGUGCUGAGUAGUCGGGGGUUUGGGUUGGGGAGGGGGGUUAAUUGGGUGGAUGAUGAGGAGGUGGUGGAGGAGGAUUUUCUGGUCGUCGGGGAUUAGAUUUUUAUUAGGAUGUGCUCUCGUUUCUGUUGGGAUGAGGGGGUGUUUUCUCUGGAUUUGAAUAUGAAUAUGAAUAUGAAUGAGAAGUAUAUAUUGUAGAAUAUGUUUGUUCCUGCUGAGUAAAUCUUUGAGGUUGUGUGUUG